AAGCAGUGCGGUGUGUUGACAUCCCUACCUUUGUAAUGCAUUUCAGCUCUCUCUGACGGAAUACUGGACGUAACGUGCGAAAACUGGUCCCUGGGUUCUAGUCACCAUGCUUUUUAACUGUCUACGGGCUGCCUUUCCUGCACUGAUGGUGCCUUACCUGGUCCCGCUCCUCCUCCUACUGUCUACCUCUGGAAUCCACAGCCAAGGACGUCUGAAGUUGACAGUGCUUUCGGAGGAUCGGCUACAGAUGAAAUGGAAGGAAGCUGAUGGGCCUGUCCAGGGAUACAAGGUCCGCGUGAAGCCCAUCUCAGAGGUGCCGCAGCCUGAGCUGAUGCUGACAACCACACGCGGCCGCGCUACAGUGGUAGGUCUGGACUCCAGCCAGGAGUACACCCUCCAGGUCCUAGUGCUCAACGGAACCCUGGAAAAGCUCAUUGCCAAGAGACGCUUCACCAUUGAGGGCCUGCGAGAGGAGGAGCUGGUCCGUAGUGGCAGUCGUGAACAGCGGAAGAAGGCCCUGCCAGGGGGGUCGGGGUCAGGGGAACUGGACGACCUCAUAGAGACCCUGGUAGAUGUUCCCACUGUGGUCUACAGAGAGCCUACAACCACCACCACAGAGCCACCAGCUACUCCUGACACAACUACCCCAGUGAAUGAAAUGCUGACCGAGAAGGCUUCCAGAGAGAAGAGGAAGAGGAAGAAGGAUCGCUCUAAGGUGGAUGAUAAGGAAGAGCAGGGGACAACUCAGGGGGAGGAUCCGGCGUCCGACAGGGAGAAACUAAGGAAGACAGUCUCCGGCUAUCCUGUCACAGAGGUAUCCACUCGAAUGGCCUUUGAGUGUGACAUCACAGCAGCCGCCGACGUGGUCUUGUUGGUGGACGGCUCAUGGAGCAUCGGGCGCACCAACUUCAGACGUGUCCGGGACUUCCUGGAGGGCCUGGUUGUGCCUUUCCAAAUCGGCCCUGACCGGGUACAGAUCGCCCUGUCUCAGUACAGCGGAGACCCUCGCACUGAGUGGCAGCUGAACAACUUCACAACCAGGGAGCAGCUGCUGGAGGCGGUCCGGAACUUCCGGUACAAGGGAGGCAACACCUUCACCGGCCAGGCUCUGCUGCACGUCCUGGAGGAGAACCUGAGAGAGGAGUCGGGAGCGAGGCCUGACACCCCUCGUUUUCUGAUCCUGCUGACGGAUGGGAAGUCGCAGGACGACGCCAUCGCUGCGGCCAACCGGCUGAAGAGCACAGGCGUGGAAAUCAUCGCCGUAGGUGUGAAGAAUGCAGACGAAGCAGAACUGCGGCAGGUGGCGUCUGAGCCCCUGGAUCUCAACGUCUACAAUGUGAAUGACUUCCCUCUGCUCAGUAAACUGGUGGGCCGGCUGGUGCAGAUUCUCUGUAAGAAGAUAGAGGAACGCAACAUCAUCAGGAGAAAAGCGCGGCCGACCGAGGAUCCUGUGCUGUCCUACCCCAGCCCCACAGACAUGGAGUUCUCUGAGCUGGGCCCCAGGGAGGUGCGGCUGGGCUGGACCAGACCUGGCCGACCGGUCCUGCAGUACAGAGUGGUGUUCCACAGCGCUGAGGGACCAAGCCCACAGGAGGUGGUUGUGAACGGGACUGUCACCAGUGUGUUGCUGGGGGGACUCACCUCUCAGACCCUCUACCACAUAUCAGUAUUCCCCGUCUACGAGGACAACGUUGGCUUGGCCCUCAGAGGGACUGUCACCACAUUGCCCCUGGCCAUGCCUGUGGGUCUGGAGGUGACCCCCUCGUCACCUAGCAGUCUGAGGGUGCGUUGGGGGCCCGCAGCGGGGGCCACUCAGUACAUGGCCUUGUACUCUGCCCUCAGCAACGGAGAGCCUGACGAUGCCAAGGAGGUGAAAUUUGGGGCAGACCAGACUGAUGUGGUGCUGUCUGGUUUACUGCCAGAGACAGACUACUCCGUCACCCUGUACGCGCUGUAUGACGAAGACCCCAGUGACCCUGUCACAGCCGUCGCCACCACACACCCCCUGCCCCCCCCGGUGAGUAUUCGGUUUCCCAUGGUGAGCCACAGCAUGAUCAGGGUCAGCUGGGUUCCUGGAGGGGUCGGCGUUCCCCGUCACAGAAUCACCUGCAGCACCAACCACGGCAGUGACGUCAAAAAGGUAGAGGUGACAGGUGUGAACUCAGUGCUGCUUCAGAACCUGUCCUCCCUGUCCAGAUACUUGGUGUCAGUACAGUCACAGUACCAGCAGGGCCUGUCCUCCCCACUCACAGCCAACGUCACCACGUUGAAGGUACCCGCCCCCUCUGAUCUCAGAGUCACCAACUUCUCAGGAAAUGACAUCACAGUUCAGUGGGAGUCAGCAGCAGAUGAUGUUGUGUCUUACCUAAUCAAAUGGAUCUCACUCAGCGGUGGAGACCUGAGACAGUUGAGGGUGGAUGGGGACAGUGAGGGGGCUAUACUGGAGGAGGUGCAGGACGAUAAGGAGUAUCAGAUCUCACUGUCUGCCCUUUACGCUGACGGAGCCCAGAGUGAGGCAGUGGCAAUACGAUACAGCACUUUGUCAGGUGGCGGCCCGUCCAGCCUGUCCAUCUCAGAGGAGACAGCAGUGAGUUUGUUGGUGAGCUGGGUUCCUCCCAACGCCCACGUCCUGCAGUAUCACGUCUCCUACACAGCCCUGACAGGAGGGGAGACGCAGGAGAACACUGUGUUGGUUUCCGGCAGCGAGAGACGGGUUGUGCUGCGGUCCCUGUUACCGGACACACGCUACAGCGUCCUGGUCACUGCUGAGUACCGCAACCGCGAGGGAGGGAGCGCCUCGGCCCAGGGCAAGACCACCAGUCUGAGGGUGAGCAGUGUGAGUGUGAUGAGGUCUGAUCACUCCAGCAUCUGUGUGUCUUGGAGGCCCGUUCCAGCUGUGAGCGGAUACCGCAUUGCCGCCCAGUCUUUCAGAGACAAAGAGACAAAGCAGGAGAUAGUGGACGCAUCCAGUAGCAGCUACUGUUUCACUGAGCUUCAGCCGGAGACUGUGUACCGUAUCAGUGUGCACUCCCGCCUCGAAACAGUAGAGGGAGCUGCAGUCUCCAUUCUCCACCCCACAGCCUCUGCCCCGGCCAGAAUCCCCAUUUAUCCCAGACUGAACCCUAUUCGCAAUGAAGUGUGCCCUGUGGUGACCAUCAGACACAGUAUCGUAAAAGGGUUUGAUAUGAUGGAGGCUUUCGGUCUGACCCAGAAGGCUCACUCCUCUGUGGAGGGCGUGUCUACUGAACCCUUUGUCUUCAAUACUCUACCCACCUACACUGUGUACAGAGACGUCCAGCUCACUCAAAGCACGGGGUUCAUCCACCCGGCAGGCUUUUCUUCAGAGCACACCAUUAGUAUGGCGUUCCGUCUACUGCAGGACACCCCCAAGGAGCCCUUUGCACUCUGGCAACUCACUGACAAUGACUUCCAGCCCAAGAUGGGCGUGGUGCUAGACCCUGGAAGCAGACUGCUGCAAUACUUCAGUCUGGAUUACAGAGGAGAAGUUCAAGAGCUCACUUUCAACCAGCCACAAGUCCACAGGCUGUUCUAUGGCAGUUUCCACAAGAUCCACCUGUCCAUCAACCAGGUAAGCGUAUCCCUCUCUGUGGACUGCCAGCGUGUGGGUGAGAGGCCUGCCCGCCCCUUGGGCACUCUGCCCACAGACGGCUUUGAAAUGCUGGGCAAACUGACGAAGACCCGUGGACCACAGAGCGGCUCUGCCCCGUUCCAGCUGCAGUCUUUUGAGAUCGUGUGCAACACCACCUGGGCAUUAGAGGACACCUGCUGUGAUCUUCCUGGCCUGAGAGAUGAGGAGAGCUGCCCGGCCCCUGCCGAUGCCUGCACCUGUACCUCCGACGUGCCUGGAGCCCCAGGUGUCACCGGACCGCCUGGAAAACCGGGUCCUCGUGGAGAAAAGGGUGAAAAAGGGGAGGAAGGACAAAAGGGUGAGAUGGGCCCUUCAGGAAAAAUAGGUUCAGAAGGCGUGCUGGGGCCCUUGGGAAGUCGGGGCCCUCGAGGAUUGACAGUUCAGGGCAAAGCGGGACCUCCAGGGGCUAGGGGAGAGAAGGGGGAGGUGGGAAAGCCAGGAGGCCAGGGUUCACCAGGUCCUCCUGGUCUCAAGGGGAAUGAAGGAUCCCCUGGACCUAAGGGCAUCAGAGGUUCUGAGGGGAAUAUGGGAGCACCAGGGAUUACUGGACCAAGAGGUUUCCAGGGUAUGCCAGGACACCCAGGGGUUGUUGGAGAGAGGGGACCUUUGGGGGGGGUGGGCCCUACAGGUCUUCCUGGGAAUAAGGGUGAACGGGGGGAGAAGGGAGAGCCUCAGUCCAUGGCAAUGAUCUUUCAGCUGGUCACUCAGGCUUGUGAGCAGUUAGUGCACAAUGAGGUGCUGAAGCUGGACUCGUUCCUCACUGAGAUGAGCCGUAAGCCUGUGCCCAUUGAGGAGCCAGUGGGUCCCCCAGGAGAGCCUGGUAUACCGGGGGGAAAGGGUCCACCAGGACAGAGGGGGCACCAGGGACGACUUGGGACCAGGGGGGAUCCAGGGAAGCCUGGGUACCCAGGAGAGAUGGGACGUAGAGGACCCCCUGGAGAGAAAGGCAGCUUAGGGUCCAAUGUCCAGGGACCACAGGGAAUCAAAGGAUUUGCGGGUCUUCCAGGAGAGGCCAAGAUGGGCAGUCCCGGUCCUAGAGGAGAAGAUGGCAAGACGGGACUUCCGGGCAUUGCAGGGACAGUGGGACAGCCAGGAGAGGUCGGUCCCCCUGGUGUCUGUGAUAGCACUGGCUGUCAUGGAGGUGCUCAACCACAAGCAGAGGACCCAUAUUUUGGAUAUCAGCCUUGAGCACACUGGAAUCUGGAUUUUCAUAUGACAUUGUGGUCCAGUUCUUAUUAUCUCCUUCAUUUUAAGUGGCGUGUUGAGUUUGAAAAAGCACUCAUGUCAUUGGACCUAAUGGACAGACUGGAAAAGGAGCUGACCAGACACCACAGCAGAGCAGUUGGUGCAUAGGACCUAGUCUGUGACUCAGAGACACAUGACCCACUAGAAAGAGGAAAAGGAAGUUGAGCUGGUACCUUUUCUUCACUUCUCCCUCUGCUUAUGAAAGACAAAUUAAUUAAAUGUUUCUUUUUUUUUUGAACAAAUUAAAAGUGCAUUUCUAUAGGUCUGCCUGUUAAUAAACUUUGUCUAACAUUUUGUAAAGGCCUGUAUUGUAAUGGAAGCAACGUAGUGGAUAUUUUGGAAGAUCGUGUUUGUAGUUUGAUGUAUAUUACCACAUUCGCACUGAUGUUUGAAUGAAAUGUUUGUAUAUCUGUUACUUUAGAUGUCAAUGUUGAUGUACUCAUGCACUGUAAUGUGUAAUGUAUCACAUGUUAAGUGUACUAUUUUUUUUGAAGGUACAAGCCUACAAAUACAGUUCCUGCAAUCUGUAGCUUUUUUUUUUUAACCUGAACUGCCUCAAGAAUAUAAAAAGCCAAAGAGUUAAUUGUGUUUUAAAAAACUGUAUUUUGUUUAAACAAGUAUUUACUGUGAGAAUGUCUAUAUUGUUGUAGAGCGUUAUGCUGUAUAUGAUCAAUUGUAUAUUUCAUCUUUUUUUAAUUCUCAUUCACCACAGCAUAUCAUGUAUUUCAUGAUGUUUGUUGUCUCACAGAAAAUCCCAGUUUACAAUGACUUCUUCAUUUGGGCAUUGGCAUUUUGUGUGUGUGUAGUAUAAGGUCAGCUUUUACUGAAAUUAUAGUAUAAAUUCUUCUAUAUCAGAAAGCUAAUUGUGAGUAAUAAAAUUAU